AAUCGAUAAAAACAGGUACAACGGUUUGUGUGAAAAAAAUUCCUGAGAAAAUUUGUACAAAUUAAAGUCCAAAGUAUUGAAAAAUUAUGAAUAGUUAAAAAAGAUAUAUGUUCAAUUUGCUGAAUUCCUUAAUAUUUAACUGUUUCGGUUGAGUUGCGGAAAAAUUAUUUAAAGGAAAAUGAACGAAAGAGAUCAAAAAUUGGCUAUGUCAUUUAGUAUAUGAGCGCACAAAAGAGAUAGAGCAUAAACGGGAAAAAAAAUUUACGGCGAAUUACAUAUGUGUGCAGAAUCGGUCACAGUAAGAGUAAGAAAAUACUAAAGAGGAAAAUAAAAGAUCUGCCUUUUUUCGUGCUUCGUAUAAAAUAAAGUAAUUUCUUAAAGUUGCCGAAAUAAAUUCUAAAUAAAAAUUUGCGAUUAUCAAUUAUUCGUACCGAUCAAGUGUAUUAAUGAGUGCUGUGUACAAAAGUACGGGCGUACAAAAGUUUCAAUUGCGAAGAGUGUAACAGCUGACAACGCAGAGGAACUUCUUUUUAUCUAUGUCGUGUGCGACGGCUAAGACAACGGAGCGACGGUUUACUGCUAAACCUUUUUUUUACGCCCACCGCGUUGUGAGUGAAUCAUUUUUUUUUGUUUUUGUUGCCUCAAGAGAAAUAUAACAAAACAUUUUUCAUUAAUUUCUAAAAAAGUUUAAUAUUAGCUCUCAGUAAUAGUUACAGAACGUAUCUGAAAGUGGUCUGACCGAAAAUCUUCGUAUUAGGAAAAAAAGAAAAGGAAUCUCUUCGAUUUUUUGUAAAUUUUAGUAAGGCAAGUGCAGAAAAAAAAAAAAGUUGUUCGUGUCACGGUGAAAGUAAGCGGACGCAAAAGCACUUGAAAAUCUGUCUUGACCAAAACGUCAGAAGACAACAAAAACCAGUAGAGUUGUUACACACUCCUCCUCUCGCGACUUUAUUCAUACAGAUAAGCUGUGCAGCGGCCGUCCACUGUGCUGCUCGCGAAGCUGUUACGGUAACGGCUGCGACUUACAACAGCAACGGCUCAUUUUUGUUAUUGCACUUUUGUUCAUUCGUAUUGUACUAAAGACUAAGUACUCGCGGUGUGUGAGUGAUUGAUUAACUGAGUGGCCGACCUAUUGAGCGGCGAAGAGUAAUAAUAAUAUCAUAAAUUCUUUAAAAUAAGAUAUAAUUAAUAAAAGUGUAUUAAAUCAAGAGGAAAAAAAGAAACAUCGCAUAAUGGACGAAACAUUAGAAAUACGUCAGGCCAGACAUCGCGCUUCGGUCAAGUGGCUGCUAUCGAAAGCCUAUAACAAUCGUGUGCCGGAUAAUUUAAAGGAGCCAUUCUAUCGUGAUCACGAAAAUCAAGAACGACUAAAACCGAAAAUAAUUGUAGAUUUGGGUAACGCGACGCUCUAUUGUCAAACCUUAUCGAAUUUGUAUUCGGAUCCCAAUUAUCAAAGUCUAAAUCAUUGGUCUAUACUGCAGACGCUGGCACGCAAAGGUGUCCCUGUUAAUGAAUCCAAAGACAUGCCCCUAACAGAGACUGUUCUAAUUCAAACAAAUCCUUUACGAAUAAUGGCUCAUAUGGCCGUCAUAGAAUCGUUAAUGUUGUUGUUUGCGAAGGAAAUAGCAUCUGGCGAUCGAGUUAAUAAUGCCAUAAAAAGAAUUUCUGGUAGCAAUUAUCAAAGUCCAGCCGGCGCCAAUACUGAGCAGACGCUUUUAUCAUGGGUUUCUUAUACUUGUUCAGCGCUUAAGAAACGCGUCGAACGUGAUAUAUCUACAGGUGUAACCGAUGAACAGGGCAAGCGAUUGCAAACACCCGACAUACCACCAGUGCGAGAUUUUCAAGAUCUUUGUGAUGGUAUUUGUUUAGCUCUGCUCCUCUCUUAUUAUUGCCCUAAAGCAGUGCAAUGGACGGAUGUGCGUAUCAAUUACUUGCCAGCAGUGGAGGAUUCCAUACACAAUGUAUUAAUAGUCAGUAAUUUCUCCGAAAGACAUCUACCCUAUAAUGUGUUCCAUAUGCUUCCAGAAGAUAUUACAUAUAUGAGAGGAUCAAUGAAAUUAAAUUUGUUAGUAUUAUUGGCUGACUUGUUUAACCUCUUUGAAAUUCAUCCGGCCAAUUGUGUGAACUAUCCCGGCAUGGACUCGCUAGAAGUCAUCGCUAAACAAAAUGCAGGUGCCAAUGAACAUGGAUUUUAUCAUCGUCGCGGUUUAACUAUGCCAACCGUAACACCGAUACCAGAUUUAAGAAGUGAUUUAGAUCAACCUACCGGUUCACCAACAACACGACCUCAAUUUCAAGUUACAUACACAAAUUCUUCAAGUGGUUUCAUACACAAACCAGUACCUCAAACCAUUCAGCAACAACAACAGCCACCGCCACAGCCACAGAUUUCAUCUCAACAACUGCAACAAUCUGAUUAUCACAUAAACGUUGAAAAUACUCAUUACGAUAACGAAGCAUUUAUUGUGCACAAAUCACGUGGCAUUACCACAUUAUCAUCCAUGCAUAUGCAACAACAGCAACAACAACAACAACAGGAUCCUCUAAUGCCAGCACGUUUACGUCAAGCAAAAGAGAAAAACAAUCAUGAAACCAAAGCUGAUGAAAGAGGUGAUAAUGUGCCUGCCGGCAGACCUAGUAAUUGGGAUCAAAAUCGUCGUCCCAGCUAUGCAGGUCGUCGUUCUCGCCGCAAUUCUUCCAGCGAAGAUUCCCAACUAACUAUUGAGAAUUUUGGCGGGUCGCAGGAUCAACUAAAUGCCAUUGAUCGAUUUGAACGUGAACGUGAUAGAGAACGUAAACUGUCCAAUACUACAAUAGAACCCGUUGCAGCAGUUCGUUCGUCCAUUAUUGAUGCUCGUGGCACUUUGCAGUUGGGUUAUGAUACUGACUCAGGAUCUGAAAAACAAGAUCACGAUACCGAAAAGCAACAACAGCAGCAACAAGAGCAACAGCAAACCCUAAAAAGGCAGCCCAGCUAUGACAACGUGUCCUUGGCUGGUAAUUCGCAAAGUCGCACUAGCAUGACUUCUACUAAUAAUAACCAAACACAAAAGCAUUCCAAUAGUCCUGAUAUAACAGAUGAGCCGCCGCGUGAUCCAAAUGCUACACUAACAAGAAAGUCCUCAAACGCUAGUAUGCACAUGAAAUCGUCGAAUUGGCAAAAUAAUCAAAAUGAUUUGUUCGAUGAUGAUACACGUUCACUAGACAGUGCUUACAAACUCUCGAACAUGCGCAUGAAAUUGGAAGAGAAAAGACGAAGGAUUGAGACGGCCUUGAUGCGUUAUCAGGAAAAAAUGAGCCAGGACGAUUUAGAAGGCGAUUAUAUGAAGUGGGAGACUAUGAGUAAUGAUUCUAAACGUACCUCUGACAUCGAUCCAAACGAAUUGGAUAAAUAUCAGCAAAUCGCUAUCAUGAAUAUGAAUCUGCAAGAUCUUCAACACGAUAUACAAAGACUAGCCAGUCAGCAGGCCCAACAGAUGCAGGCUCAACAAUUAUUACAGGCCCAACAAAUUGCUAAUAUGCUAAAUCAGCAGCAACAGAAUUUCGGUUCACAGCAACAUUUAGCCGAUCCUUACUCACCGCGUCCCCUAAGUCAUCAAGCCAAUUAUGGUUCAUCACCUCACCUGCCGCAGGCUUUUAACAAUUCCGGGCUCAAUCCUUAUUCGCGUCCGCCUAGUCGUGAUCCCUAUCAACAGCAACAAAUGCCACCGGCAAUGCCGCUACAAUUUAUAAACGAUGCUGGUCAAUAUAUGUACGCUCAACAGCAGCCCGUGCCCCAGUACAACGCUAUUCCCAUGCAUUACAAUGUCAGUGCCGAUAACAAUGCCGUGCCUUAUAAUAAUAGCAAUCACACAUAUAUUGGUGGACCUCCAACGUACAGUAACCAGACGCAUCAGCAACAGCAACAGCAACAACAACAACAGCCGCAUCCAACGUACAUUCCUCGUCAAAGCGUUUACGACGACUAUAUUCCGCCACAAUCAAUGAUGGUACGCGAGCCGAAUAUGUCACCACAACCGAAUAAUUAUUAUGUCCACGAACAACAACCACCACCGCUAUCGCAACCGCAAUUGCAAUCUGGAUCGCAGCAAUAUUCAAACCAAAGGAGAACUUGGGCUCAGUCGUCGUUCGAUCAUUCCCAAAUGAUUGACGUGAACGCUUGGCAAACACCGAGAAAGUCCCAGCCACCUCCUUCUCAAAGGUCGGAUGACGGCAGCUCCGCCUGGGGCAGUCCACAAAUGGACAGCAACAUGCAACAUCAGCAACAGCGUUCUUCUAUUCAACAAAACGGCGAUAGCCAAACGUAUCCUAUACACUCAUCACCCAUACAUAGCCAGCGUGUACCAGCGGGCGGUGGAGUUAAUAAUGUACAGAGACAGCAUUCAAUGACUAAUUUAAGAGAAAAUAUUCGCUCGCCAAAUGUUGCGACGCCAAAAGCAUCGUCCGCACCUACACCACCGGACGAUGUGAUGGCACCACAAAGUAUUUGUUUUAUAGGCGAUGAAGAUGAUGUCGAUGAGCUUGAUCGUAGUCUUUUAGAAAAAAUGCAGAAUACCGGCCUAUCAGAGUACAGUUUUCCUAUACAUCAUAAUCAACAGCAUCAGCAGCAGCAAUGCUUUGAACGUAACAACAGUGCUGAGGAUUAUAAUGAAAUGAUGCCUCAGAAGUUAAACAUUACUAGCGGAAACUUAACCUACAGAAUACCUUCGCCACAACGUCCCCACUUACAUGCCAAUAGCUUCCAAGAUCCGCGUGCAUCGGAUAGGAAUACGAACGAAAAAGGGUUUUACAUUUCCUUUGAUGACGAUCAGCCUAAAAGACCUAAGCCUCCGUUGAGAGCUAAACGUUCACCUAAAAAAGAGAAAAGCAUGGAUAGUGUUGAUCAUCAAGUCUCCCCAAAAGUCGAUAUUAAUUCAUUUUACGAAGACGGUAUUGGUGUGAUAGUUGAGCCAAAAUUACGUCCGAAAAUAUAUAAUCACCGUAACGCGGAAAUCAAUGCAACUGGUAGUCAAAAAUUGAAUUUAAAUAACAAUAGUGGUAAAGCCACUUACAAUAAAUACACAGACAGUCCCAUACAAUUAAGUCAGGUGAUGGCAAUGGGGAAUAACGAUAACAAAAACGAGCAUGCAAAGCUUAUAAACAAUAGCCACAAUAAUCAUAACAUAGAUUGCAGCCAAUUGCAAACACCACCGCCAACGCCAAAACAAGCAAUCACCGCCUCACCUACACUGCAAAGGAAAAGUAGUCCAGUCAUUACACGCCAACAAUUGGCCGACAGUAAAAGUCAGGCUUUGGUUAUUGGCACGGAUGUAUCUUCGUUGGAUCCGGAGUCUGUGGACGAAAUGGAACGUCGCAAAGAGAAAAUCAUGCUAAUGUCUUUGCAGAGACGUCAACAGCAAGAAGAAGCGAAAGAGCGUAAAGAGCAAGAGGCCGCUAGAAAACGAGAAUUAGAACGUGAAAAAGAAGAGGAGAAGCAACGUAAAAAAGAAGAACAAAUGGCACGCAGAGCGGCCAUCCUAGAACAACACAGACUUAAGAAAGCUUUAGAAGAAGCUGAAAGAGAAGGUAAAACACUAGAUCAUCGUUCCGAUUUAAUGCAUAAACCUGUCUCACAAACAACAGUAACAAGGACACGUACCCAGAAAAGUACACGUCCCCGCCCAAAAACCAUACACGUAGACGAUGGUUCAGUAGACAUAAGUGAAGCAUCCAGUAUCUCUAGUCGUGGCAAAAAAGGUUCCAGUAGUAAUAUAACGGGUUAUGGCCAGUUGAGUUCUAAUUCGAUGAGACGAGAUUAUUACAGAGGCUCUCAAGACUCUCUAACAGUUAAAGAAUCGCCAGAUGAAUAUCCUAGCACAAGUUCCACACCGAUUGGACGCCGUGGAUCUUAUAAAUUAUCGAAAGAACCGAAUGUUGUCGAACGGGGUCGCACUCUAUCACGUAUAUCUGUAGCCAAAGGAAGUUCUCUAAAUUUUCGCGGUCGAAAAUCGAAUUCGCUUAUGAACUUGUGCGACUCCGGCAUAGGAAGAGCCACACCACCACGUCGGGCUCCGUCCCCAGGCAUGGCUACAUUAAGUCGGCAAAUGCCUUCGCCUUCGGGACCAGGUUCAUUGCCACCCGGUCUGAUAUCGAAACGACGUGGUAUGGAUGAUGGAUCAAGUGAUGUAUCGUCUUCGACACCAAAUUCAAUGAUGGAUUAUUCGGGUCCUAAAUUGUAUAAACAGCCGGCUGCCAAAUCAAAUCGUGGCAUUAUUUUGAAUGCUGUCGAAUAUUGCGUCUUCCCGGGCGCCGUUAAUCGUGAAGCCAAACAAAAAGUACUUGAAAAGAUAGCUCGCUCAGAGGCCAAACAUUUCCUAAUACUCUUCCGUGAUGCUGGCUGCCAAUUUCGGGCUUUAUAUAGUUAUACACCGGAAACAGAACAAGUCUUCAAACUGUACGGCACAGGUCCUAGUCAAGUGGAUGAAGUCAUGUUUGACAAAUUCUUCAAAUAUAACUCAGGAGGCAAAUGUUUCUCUCAAGUCCAUACGAAACAUUUAACGGUUACAAUAGAUGCGUUUACAAUACACAAUUCAUUGUGGCAGGGCAAAAAAGUGAAUUUGCCCAGUAAAAAGGACAUGGCUUUGGUUAUCUAAAUUAAGCGAAACAAAAGUGAAAUUUAUUUUAAGGAUGUAUUUUUAUUUUUUUAAUUAUAUUUUUUCCAUUUUCUUUUCUAUUAGUGUCUCCUUUUUUUUAUAACUUUGUAAUUAAGCUCUCAUUAUGCCACAGAAUUAAAUGAUAAAACAAAAACACCUUGAAUGGAUUAUAAACGUUAAAGGGAAACCAUUAAUUAAAAUUAAUAUUAAAAAAAAAAAAAUUAAUAA